UGAAAACCUUCAAAACAGCAGUAUUUAUGUAGGAACAACUGCAAAAGUAGAUCAUGAAGGAAGAAAGAAACCUAUAAAAUUAUUUGAUUUUGCCAAAAAGAGUGUCUAGGAAAGGGGUGAGCAAAACACAUGAUGGAGAAGUAAAUACACACAUAAAGAGAGAAGACAGUAAAUGUCUAACAAGCUGCAGAUGGAGAAAAAAAAAUGAAUUUUGAACACAGACUCCCAAGGCUCCAUGCUGGGUAAAAAGAACAGCUAAUUUCAAGAAGAAAGAAGUUAGACGCCAGUCUCCCAAUUGAAUAAACAUGGGUGAUUGGAGCUUCCUAGGAGAAUUCCUUGAAGAAGUCCAUAAACAUUCAACAGUAGUGGGAAAAGUCUGGUUGACUGUCCUUUUUAUCUUCCGGAUGCUUGUCCUGGGCACAGCUGCAGAAUCUUCCUGGGGAGAUGAACAGUCUGAUUUCAAAUGCGACACCCAGCAACCCGGUUGUGAGAAUGUUUGCUAUGACAAAGCUUUCCCAAUAUCCCACAUCAGGUAUUGGGUCCUUCAGAUUAUCUUUGUCUCCACACCAUCCCUGCUAUACAUGGGUCACGCAAUGCAUACUGUCCGUAUGGAGGAGAAGAGGAAACUUAAGGAGGCCAAGGAAGGAGCAAAGACAAUCCAGAACAAGUGUGACUCUUUUUCCCAGCAGGAUUACCCAGCACCAGAGAAGAUAGAACUGUCCUGCUGGGAUGAACCCAAUGGGAGAAUAAUUCUUCAGGGCACUUUGCUGAAUACCUACGUCUGCAGUAUUUUAAUCCGUACCACCAUGGAGAUUGCUUUCAUUGUUGGGCAAUAUAUGCUCUAUGGAAUCUUUCUGGAGACCCUCUAUAUCUGUCACCGGCAGCCCUGUCCUAAUCCAGUCAACUGUUAUAUCUCUCGGCCAACAGAAAAGAACAUCUUUAUCGUUUUCAUGCUUGUGGUAGCAGCCUUCUCUCUCUUCUUAAGCCUGGCUGAACUGUAUCACUUAGGAUGGAAGAAAGCUAAGCACACCUUAUCUCAGAAAAUCAGCCCUACACCAGCAAUUGGCAAACUGGAGGGAGACACUCAAGUGAAGACAGAUGAAAGCUGCACCCCUCCUCCAGAUUUUAAUCAGUGUUUAGCCAACCCUACUGGGAAAUAUCUCAGCCCCUUUAGUAACAAAAUGGCCUCUGAGCAAAACACGGUCAACUUUGCAACAGAGAGGGUUCACAAUCCAGAUGAUUCAGGUGGAGAAGCCCCCUUUAUCCAACUAAACUACAUGCAACAUCCAGAAGCCAGUGUAAACUCUGCACUGAAUCUGACACCAAAUGGAUACUUUCAGAACAAACGCAGACUCAGCAAAACUAGCCACACAAGCAGUAAGGCAAGGUCUGACGACUUGUCAGUGUGAGGUACUUCUAGUGGAGCUAAAAGAACGGAAUAAGCUGUUAUGGCAAAUGGCUGCAGUUAAAUUUUCGAAGUCUAAACAGUGGAUCAAUUAUCUUAUUAAUUCAGGUUUAGCUGGCAUAUUCCAAAAUGUCUUUUUGCAUGUCCUGAAUCCAUUACGUUUCCAAAAUAAAAACUGUUUCAUUUCAAAACAGCAAAGUAACUAGCAGUUACAUGGUGUUAUUAUACUUCAAGUGAUUAUCUCAUAACCCAGCACUGUUAAGACAGUAUAAUCUUCGCAACUUCUCCAAGAACCUUGGAAAUUAUAGUUUGGGAACAAUGCUGAGUUGUGUCUGUUCCAAGCCCUUAUACAGACAGAAUUACAAUUCUCAAGAAUCCUUGUUUGGAUAAAGGAAAGGAGUAAAUUAUAAUUCUGAAGAAAAACUCAGGGCAUUUUCAUAAUCCUCUGUGGGAUUGGCUCCAGGCGGAAUGGAUUCAUGCUGUGAUCUCUUUUUUGUGAAUUGAGUUAGGUUAUAUCUGACUCUUCUCAGGUGUAUUUAAAACUUUUGAAUUUUUUUUCUUUUUAGAUCACAGAGGUUCUGCAGACUUUCUGGGCAGUCUGUUUUCUCACUUGUGAUAAUUUUUGUCUUAACCUUCCUCUCAGUUUCUGGACUCG